UACGGUGCAUGCAGCUGAAACUACGCUUCGCUUUUCAUAGUUUUACGGUGUACUUUCCAGUGGACGUCGACAGCGCUCGUUUCCUUUAUAUAUUUUUAUAUUUGUCGUCGGUCGUCUUUUUAUUUUAAUAAUAAACGAUUAUCUGAAUAAUAAACGAUAAAUCGUCGGUUGUGUUUGCGAGCGUUCGCUGUGAAUUUUUUCGAUUAAUUGUCAUCGAAUCACCGAACCAACGAGGGUACGCAAGGGGAUAUUUAAUGAAUUCGUCGGUGAAGUAUAGAAGUGAAGACGCAGAGUCUGAGGAGACUGGUCCUGUAGAUUUCGAACGGGCAAUUACAAAUUCUGGUUAUGGAAAAUUCAACUAUUUGUUGCUUCUGGCCGUGCUGCCGGCCAGUUUCUCCAGUAUCUUCUCGUCGUCAGCGAUGUCGUACGUCUUGCCAGCGGCCGAGUGCGACCUGAAGCUGAGCAUGUUAGACAAGGGUCUACUGAACUCGAUGACAUUCGCAGGUAUGAUCUGUACUUCGUUCUUUUGGGGGUUUAUGACCGACUCGUUCGGUCGUAAGAAGAUAAUGAGUUACGGUUACAUGUGCACCGGAGUUUUGAGCCUGGCUGAGUCCUUCGCGCAUACCUCCUGGCUUUUGAUCUCUUUAAAGUUUGUCGAGGGUCUGCUCAUAUCCGGACCGUACGCGGCUCUGAUGUCUUACCUGGCGGAAGUACACAACGAGACCCAUCGAUCUAGAACGUACAUGUGGCUGGGAGCAUUUUUCUCACUCGGGAACAUUUCUCUCCCCUGUAUCGCAUGGUUGAUCUUACCACAGAAGUGGACUAUCACCCUCAUCAGCGGAACUAUGGAGAUCAGUUCGUGGCGGGUGUUUCUAGCAGUCUGCACGCUGCCAGAGUUCCUUGCCUGUAUGGCGAUGUUCUCGUUCCCCGAAAGCCCGCGCUUUCUUCUGCUGAAGGGCAGAAGAGACGAGGCUCUGAAUGUGUUCAAAAAGAUAUACUCGGUCAAUACCGGCAAGGAUCCAGACACCUAUCCGAUAAAGGAUCUCGAAGAUGAGGAUUCUUUCGAAUCGUCGAGCGAUAAUUUGUCGGACAAAUUUCGUUCCUGUUGGCAACAAGUCAAGCCCUUGUUCGUCCCACCAAACAUCUUAAGACUUAUUACAAUAAGUUUGAUUCAAGUCGGCGCCACGAUAGGAUCGAACUCGAUCAGACUGUGGAUGCCGCAGUUGUUCACGAUGAUGGAACAGUUCAAGAAGGAAUACGUGGACGACGAACAUUUCGACUCGCAGCCGCGCUUCUGUUACAUGUUAGGCCAACGAAAAGAUAAUGGGAGUUCCUCAAAUAGCUUCGUAAACGAAACUCUAAGCAUUGCUGACAAUUGCAUACCGGCGGAGUUUAACUCGAAAGUGUUUAUCAAUUCCAUCGUUAUCGCGAUUACCGGAGUUGUAGGAUACACUUUAGCGGGUUCUCUUAUCACCGUGAUAGGAAAAAGAAAACUUAUAGCGACCUGCUUCGUGGUAGCAGCUGCUUGCUGUGCUUCGCUCUACUGGGCAGAAACCACGAACAGUAUCCUCGCGUUAUGUUCGGUUUUCGUUGCGAUGGCCAGCAUAGGCGGUGCCUGUGUUGUGAACGUUAUCGUUGACAAUUUCCCUACAUGUUUGAGGACGAUGGCUGUGAGCUUAACUAUGACGAUCGGGAGAGUCGGAGCAGUUGCAGGCAAUUUGCUAUUUCCAAUUUUAUUCGAUUUGUCCUGCUUGGGCCCUUUCAUCAUGAUCGGCACUGCUUCUCUAGUGUCGGCAUUCCUGGUGAUCCUUCUUCCACGGAAGCAGUCGCAAAAGGAAAAACCGAAGCAACUUGCCUAACGAUGUGUACGAAAGGGUAACAGAGCUGAACGGAUCGGUUGUAAAUAAUAUAACGCAUCCUGUUCCUGGAUUCCUGAUUGUCUACGAUUUCUGUGCAUGAUUUUCAUGUAAAUAUGUAAAUACAGCAUGAUUACGGUCACCUAAUGUAAGAUACCUUUUUACGUGAGUGCGUGAUACUGAGAUGUGCUCGAAGACUAACAUAAGACUUUUCGUUAAGUCUCGCGAUUGUACAGAGUGAUUGUACAGUGUUUUAGGUGAUUUCAUCAGUACGUGAAUGAUUAGGUACGUUAAUUAAUUGAAGAUUAGUGAAAAUACUGAUAUACAUAAUAAAAUUUUAUUAUCGUAUUGAAGA